AUGGCUUCCACCACCAACAUCCUCCCUCUCCGCACUUCAAUUCUCAUCAACCCUAGAUCCCGUCCAAACCUCCGUCACCGUAAUCCUUCUCUCCGUCUCUCUCUCCCCCACAAUCCCACCUUCAAUCUCUCCCUCAAAACCCCUAAACCCAUCGUCUCCGCCGUGCCCUCCUCGUCUCCAACACUCUCCACUAAACCCCAACCCCAAUUCCCCUUCUCCGACUCAACAAAAUCAAUCACAACCCUCGCGCUUCUAACCGGAAUCGUAACCAAAUCCCUAAUCCACAAACUCUCCGUCGCGAUCGCAAACCUCUCCCCACAAAUCCAAACCUCCCUCCGAAUCUCCGGUCCACUGUUCUUCGCGUCGAUUCGUGACCGCCCCGCCGGUUAUCUGAAUACGCCGUUGACGGUAGUCGCGGCGGGGCUAUCGAAGUGGCUCGACAUCUACAGCGGCGUGUUGAUGGUCAGAGUUUUGCUUAGUUGGUUCCCCAACAUUCCAUGGGAUCGUCAGCCUUUGUCCGCCAUUAGAGACCUCUGUGAUCCUUAUUUGAAUCUCUUCAGGAACGUUAUCCCUCCGGUGUUUGAUACGCUUGACGUUAGCCCUCUGUUGGCUUUUGCUGUUUUGGGAACUUUGGGUUCGAUUCUCAACAAUAGCAGAUGA